AUGCACUGCCCUGACGGCACGGACGAGCCCGGCACCUCCGCCUGCCCCAACGCCUCCUUCUUCUGCCGCAGUCGCGGCCACAACCCGCUUCUUCUGUUCUCCUCGCGAGUGAAUGAUGGGAUAUGCGAUUGCUGUGACGGCAGUGACGAGUAUGAUGGCAGGGUGGUCUGCCCCAACACAUGCGCCCAGGCAGGGGCGGCAAGGCGGCAGCAGCUGGCUGCUGACGUGGCGAAGCACAGGGAGGGCGUGAGGCAGCGGCAGCGGGCGGUGGAGGAGUGGCGGGAGAAGAAGGUGCGACUGCAGGAGGAGAGGGGGCGACUGGAGGACGAGGAGAAGGAGCUGCAGGAGAAGGAGAAGGUUCUCAAAGAGAGGAAGGAUGCAUUAGAGAAGAUAGAGGAGGAGGAGAAGGAGAGGCAGAGGAAGAUAGAGGAGGAGGAGGAGGCCAGGAGGAAAGCAGAGGAGGAGAAGCUGCACCCAGCCCCUGCCGAACCUGCCGAACCUGCCGACCCUGCUGCCACUGAGCCUGCAGCUGCCGAACCAGGGGCAGCCGAGCCUGACUCUGCCGAGCCUGCGGCUGCUGAGCCUGUAUCUACCGAGCCUGCGUCUACCGAGCCUGCUUCGACGGAACCUCCAGUGCAGCAGGGAAUGGUGGGGGAGCCCCUCCGUGCUGAUGCUCCUGACUCUGCUGCUGCUGCCGCUGCUGCUGAUGCCGAUGCUGCUGCCGCUGCCGCUGCUGCUGCAGCUGCUCUUGAUAAUCUGGUUGCUGGUCAUGAUGCUGCUGCUGCUCCUGCUGAUGGCAACGAGAGUGGCGAGGGAACGGACGAUGAUGAGAGCGAUGAGGACCUAUCAGGGCUCUCUAAGGAGGAGCUGGGGCGGAGAAUCGCGUCCCGAUGGGCGCAUGGGGAGGAUGGGCCUGGGGGCGCGGAGGUGGGGGGCGGAGAGGGGGGGAAGGCGGACGGGGAGGGGGAGGGGGAGGGGGGUGAUGGGGUUGAUUUGGGCGGGGAUGAUGGGUUGGGGUAUGAUGAUGGGGAUGAUGAUAAGGACUAUGAGGACAUGGAGCACGAUGCACAUGGCGCCUCAACGGAGGAUGCGGAGGACUUUGCUGCCCACAGCGAGCAUGAGGAUGAUGACGUGUGGCGGCACGAGUCAGGCGCCUCAAAGGAGGAUGCGGAGGACUUUGCUGCCCACAGCGACCAUGAGGAUGAUGACGUGUGGCAGCAUGAGUCAGGUACGGUGCACCUGCUGCCGCCCCCAUCCCUGUGGGACAAGGCGAAGCAGUGUGGUCGCGUGUCCCCUCCCUCGUCUCUUUUUUCUCACUCAAACCCUGCCCAUUGUCUUUCCCCCAUCGUGCUCCUACUCCUCUCAUCAGCCCCUGCUGCCUCUUGGCCCCCAUCCCUGUGGGACAAAGCGAUGCAGGUGUGGUCGUAUGUGUCCUCGCUCGUCUCCCAUUGUCUUUCCCCCACCCUCCUCCCUCUCCCUCCCCCAUCAGCCCCUGCUGCCUCUUGGCCCCCAUCCCUGUGGGACAAAGCAAUGCAGGUGUGGGCUGGCCGCAUGUGUGCUCGCUCGUCUUUUGAGACGUCUCAAAAGGCGAAGCAGGUGUGGGCUGGUCGCAUAUGUCCUCGUUUGUCUCCCACUCGCUCCCUCCCCCACUUUUCUCGCCCAUACCACCCUUCCCCCUUUUCCUCCCUCCCCCCACCCUCCUCCCCCUUCCCCCAUUUCCUCCGCCCACCACCCUCCUCCCCCUUCCUUCCCCAAUCAGCACCUACCCCACCCCCAUCCCUGUGGGACAAGGCAAAGCAGGUGUGGUCGCGUGUCUCAUCCCUCGUCUCCUCCAAACCCUCUCUGCCAGUGAACGAAACAGACCUGCUGACGAUCCGCUCCGAGUACAACGUUAUCUCGACCAAGCUCAGCAAGGCGAGGGGCCGGCUGCGCACGGUCAAAGAAAAGCUUGAGAAGGACCUGGGCCCUGACGGCGAGUUUGCUUCAUUCGCCGACCACUGCUUCUCCUUUAAAGUCGACCAGUACGAGUAUGAGGUGUGCCCUUACCGGCAGGUGAAGCAGAAGGAGAAGCAUCACUCUGAUACCACUGUGGGGCGUUGGUCAGGCUUUGAGGACAACUAUCGCACGAUGAUGUUCAAGAAUGGCGAUAAGUGUUGGAACGGACCCAACCGGAGCAUCAAGGUGAAGCUGGAGUGCGGACUGAAAACAGGCAUCAAAUCAGUAGAGGAGCCGAGCCGAUGCGAGUACGAAGCGGUGCUCGUGACGACUGCAGUGUGCAACGCAGAGCUGGCACAGGAGCUGGAGAGGCAGCUGAAGGAGAUGGAGGAUGAUUUGGCUGGUCACGAUGAGCUGUAA